AGUGACUUCUCGCUGCACUUGUGGAUCAGCUGUGUAAUAUUUACUAUUGAUAUGUUUGUUUUUCUCGUUUUCCCUAGUACGUGAUAUACAUUUAUUUUAUCAUUUUAAUUAUGUUGGGGUUCAAACAUGCAUCGUGCAAGCUUUUACACUCGUCACGUUCUUCCUGUUUUUCUCGUUUGUUGAGCACAUUCCAUAUGCGUGAUGGCAUUGGGCACAUUUCGCUGGAUAACGAAAAAACUCGCAAUUCCCUCUCGAUGGAGAUGAUGGACAGUAUACAGAAAAAUAUCGUGACGAAUCAAGACAAUCUCGAAGUACGAUGCUUUGUACUUUCCGCAAAAGGUCGCGUAUUUUCGGCCGGUCACAAUCUUAAAGAGUUGACUGCUGAUAGAGGUCAUGGUUAUCAUAAGCAGGUAUUUUCCAAAUGUUCUGAGCUAAUCGGGGUUAUUCAGAAAUCGCCCGUACCCGUUAUCGCCAAGGUGGACGGAUUGGCUGCGGCCGCUGGCUGCCAGCUGAUUGCUUCGUGCGAUUUGGUAAUUUGUAGUGACAGAAGUUCAUUCUCCACACCUGGUGCUAGUUUUGGAAUUUUCUGCUCUACACCUGGUGUUGCAGUGGUUCGUGCCGUUCCUCGUAUGAAAGCAUCUUAUAUGCUUUUCACUGGUCUUCCGAUCGACGCACGAGAGGCUUUGAGCGCGGGACUUGUCAGUAAAGUUGUAUCAUGGAAUGAGUUGGAUGGAGAAACUGAAAUCAUUUGCAACGCAAUCAAGUCCAAAAGUCGUUCCGUAAUUGCAUUAGGCAAGAAAUUCCUAUAUGAGCAAAUAGCAUUGGAUGUUGAUACCGCUUAUCGUAAGGCAGAAUAUUUGAUGGCUGAAAAUCUAGCAACUCCUGAUGGACAGGAAGGUAUCAGAAGCUUUGUUGAAAAACGAAAGCCUUUAUGGAAGCAUAAUUAAUUGACAACAUGGGCAGAUGUUGACAUUGCAUUUAUUGUUUAUUGUUAUACUUAGUUUUCAUGUAAAUACUCAAAUAUAAUUAUUCUAAAAAAUGGAAUAUAUAUGAGUUCAUUUUAUUUUAGUUAUUAAAAUUAGUGUCAACAUUCUUAUAAUGAGACGGAUACGCUUUUCAUGUUCUUUCAGUGAAUGAAGUUUCCCACUUCACUAAUUCAAAAGAUGAGCCAUGGUUGGGAGAAAGUUCGAGAAAUGGGCUAUGAUUGAAAGUAAGACUAAAACAAUAGUCUAACAAUAAGUACAAGUCCGGGAAUGUAUAUUCGAUUCUUUGAAAAAUAAAAAAGAAAUAGUGUGCAUAAUUUCCAUCUAACAA